AUGAGGAAUUGGCGCGCCCCGAUUGGCGCCUUGGACCGAGGGAACCGAGCUGCCCGCCAAGCAGCCAUUCCCGACGGCCAAGCAGCCGCCGUGAUUCCUCCAACCCUCGCCCUCGCCCGCCGACAAGACAAAACACCAACAGGACUCCCGAAAUCGACAAUGAUUGCUCAGCGGGUUGGCAUCGCCGCCCUGCGCAGAGGCGCGCGGCCCAGCCUCGUCCCCUUCAUCAAAGCAGCUACCGGCGGCAUGCAAGCUCGACCCGUGGCGACGGCCAAAAUCUCCCAAGACGACGGGCACCAGAUCCUCGUGAAGCAGCGGCUGCAGCGCCCCGUCUCGCCCAACCUGGGCAUCUACAAGAUCGAGCAGACGUGGCUGGGCCACUCGGCGUGGACGCGCAUCACGGGCUGCACGCUGUCGGCCGCCGCGUACGUCUACUUCGGGGCGUACCUGGUCGCGCCGCUGGCCGGGUGGCACCUGGAGACGGCGAGCCUCGCGUCGGCGUUUGCCACGCUGCCGUUCGCCGUCAAGGGCGGCGUCAAGUUCUUCCUCGGGUUCCCCUUUGCGUACCACUUCAUCAACGGGCUGAGGCACCUGUGGUUCGACCUGGGUAAGGGCUUCGCCAAGCCGAGCAUCAAGAGGGGCGAGAUGGCGCUCUGGACGUCGAGUAUUCUGAGCGGACUGUAUUUGGCUUUCGGGCUGUAA